UAUUAAUUAAAUUAAUUAAAUAUAGAGAAUCAAGAAGUUCUAUAUAUGAAGAUUUGAGUAGUGCUUAUAAGCAAUAUAGGCUAAAUUUCAGUCAACUGUGUUGUUUUUUGAAAAUCAAAAUCAUGUCUGAAAUUGUUAAACAAAGUUGGAAAAAAUAUCUUAUUGCACUACAACUCCAUCCUCUAAGAACCAAGGCAAUUACUGCUGGAGUUUUAGUUGGGUGCAGUGAUGUAAUUGCCCAGAAGAUUUCUGGGAUCAAAAGGCUUCAAUUCAGAAGAUUACUUCUUCUAAUGCUGUAUGGAUUUGCAUAUUCAGGACCUUUUGGCCAUUUUCUUCAUAAAUUGAUGGAUGUGAUAUUUCAAGGAAAAAAGGGUAAUAAAACUGUUGCACAAAAGGUUUUGUUGGAACAGUUAACAACAUCUCCUUGGAACAACUUCUUUUUUAUGAUGUACUAUGGCUUGGUUGUUGAAGGAAGGCCAUGGGGUCUUGUCAAAAACAAGGUUCGAAAGGACUAUCCCUCUAUUCAACUCACUGCAUGGAAGUUUUGGCCAAUUGUUGGCUGGAUCAACUACCAGUACAUGCCCCUGCAGUUCCGCGUUCUAUUCCACAGUUUUGUUGCUUCAUGCUGGGCAAUUUUUCUGAACUUGAAGGCAAGAUCCAUAACAAAUAAGAAGGCUUAGAAUCUGAUGGAGGGUUCAUAUGCAUUUUCUCUCCUUUGUCUGUGGUAAAUGAUUAUGUUUCUUGUGGAAGUUGUUUGCUUGGUAUAAUAUGUAUUGCAGCAUGAGUUCGGUAUGAAUUAAUUCGAGCUUUGAGUAUGAAAAUUAAAGAAUACAAGUUCUAUCAAUAUGGGUGUUGUUUUUGCAUGACUAACAAUCUUUCCUCUCGAACUAAGUUCCACGUGGUACAUUACCAUGAUCCAUAGAUCAAUUUUUUGAGAUACAGUAAAAUUACUCGUAUGAACGAA